GCAAUACGUAGGUAGAGCAGACCCUCGCGAACGGUCAGUCGCAUCUGUUCAUCCAGCGAUUGGCGGCCUUGUCUCUGUCGGAUACGUGCAUGACAAUUCCUGGGCAACCACUCCCAUCAGCCGGUCAUGAUGUCGGAAACGGAUCUAGACCACUUUUGGCCGCCCAACCUUUCAUUUUCUGUUGUCUUCAAGGAGACAUACAGGGUUAAGCUCCUGCUGGUUCCGUUACGUGUGGAACUUUGCCUCCGUGAUGCAUGUACCCUCGGACUUUUGGCUUCCUCCCAUAUCAGGUCGUGAACUACAUGCUAGCUCAGGCCGUCUUCCACGCACGUUAAGUUCAAGAGCCUAACGUAAACCCAAGUUCAAUGCAAAAGGUACAUUUACCUCAAAAAUCAGUCUUCAGCACAGCUUGCCUUGACAAACACCAAGCAGUCCACCAUAUCCAUCUCAACAUGUACCCAAAUAGCCCGGAUAUUGUUGUCUCUGUCGACCUGGGCACAACAUAUACGGGCGUGGCAUGGAUGACCCCCAAGACCCCCAUCCAAGUGAUCAGUGACUGGCCCGGCAGCGGUGACCGAGGCGAACGCAAGGUGCCAACGACGCUGGUCUACAACGCCAAUGGGACUCUCUCGUCAUGGGGUUUCAUGUGUGCCGACGACGAGCUUGAAGCUGGGGUUCCUGAUGGCGCGAAACUACGCCGGGAAUUCUUCAAGAUCUUCAUGGACGCGGAUACGCUAGCAGACGCGCAGCAGCAAGGCCUCACCAGCGCACCGCAAAGUGUCUACGAAGCGCAACAGUUCGUGACCGACUUUCUCCGGCAGGUCUAUGUCCACGUCAGGGAGUCCAUCGAGACGCAGGUUGGACGACGUGGGGUAGGGAACGGCUGGACAGACCUGGCAGUCGAGUUCCUGUUUAGCGUUCCCACCACCUGGACGAGUCAAAGUAUCGUCAACUCAUUUAAGAAGGUGAUCAGAGAGGCAGGGUUUGGGGUUGAGGGCCCGAAGCACUCAGCCCAGGUCGACCUGACCGAAGCCGAGGCGGCGGCUGUGGCCACGCUCAAAACGAGUGCCGUUAGCUUUGGUAUGGGGAGUGUCUUUCUCACUGUCGAUGCCGGUGGCGGAACAACGGAUUUGGCUCUGAUGCAGGUUACCUCCUUGAAUAUGGCAGUCCCGCAGAUGGCUUCCUUGCAUGCCGUCAACGGUGUAGGGAUAGGAGCUACACUGAUCGACCGGUUGUUUAUGCGCUUGGUGCAACGGAGGCUGGAAGCUUGUUCGGAUGCUGCGGCUCAUAUACCUCCUGAUUUGCCCUUGCGCCUGGCGAGAAGCCACCAGUUUCGGACAGUGAAGCACAAGUUUGGCGAAAGGGCAUACAUGCAAGAGCUGUUCAGGAUUCCAAUCGAAGGGUUGGCUUAUAACUUUAGCCACGCCGGGCUGGGGAUUGAGAACGGGAGGAUGGUUUUCACGCUUCAAGAAAUGCAAUCAUUGUUUGACCCGCAAAUUGAGGGCAUCGUGAACCGAAUCAUGGGCGAGCUAGAAUGGCUCAGAACCAUGGGACACUUGCACCAGGUGCAUUACAUGGUCCUUUCGGGCGGCCUGGGCAGCUCAGCUUACGUCCGUGACCAGCUCCAGCAGCGGUUCCUCGUCCACCAACAUCCCAAUGCGAGCGACCAAGUGGCAGUCAUCCCAUGCAAUGACCCUCAGUUGGUGGUGGUGAGAGGCCUUCUUCUUGACCGGCAACAGAGAUGGGAAUCGGGAGGAGCCACCUCGGUAUUGUCAACCCGCAUUGCUCGAGCAAGUUACGGCGUCAUUGUCCAGGAGAUUUAUGUACCCGCCAUGCAUCUCAACGAAGACGUCCGCCCCGACCCAUUUGAGCCGGGCAAGAAAUGGGCUUUGAACCAAAUCCAGUGGCUCAUCAAAAAGGGUGACCAAGUAAACCCCAACGCGUUCUUGGUCAAAUCCUUUCAGAUCCGGCUUGCCGCAACGGAGACGACCAGGGCAUGGAAUUCUCAAAUCGUCAUCUCUCACAAUGCUCCGUCACAGUUACCCAGUAGCAUGAAGCAAGAUGGAGCGUAUAAGCUCUGCGAGGUGAAAAGCAAUCUGAAUGGAGUCCAGCAAGACCAGCUUGUCAAAGUCAACAAGAGAGGAACUUGCUGGUCCCGCGGGGUCACUUUCUACAUCUGUCAAUUUGAUGUCAGAGUGAUUGUAGCGCCGGCUGAUUUAAGGUUCGAACUGUGGUUUGGUGGCCAGAAGUUUUCGGGUAACCACGAACCUAUAUCUGUCGACUGGGAUCAAGAAGGGUCCAAGGUGAAAGGGAUGUGAUUGAGAUGGCAAAUUUUGUGGUGAAUCACGCGGAUGGACGUGGUUGUUUUGUUUGCACAAGAGUGGUUGCUGUGCCAGGAUGGAGAGUUGGAUACAAAAAAAACACUGCAGCUUCGUCGCGACUCGUGCAGGUGGUACCGGUAGUGGUGGUGGUAUGCACGACCUCUAGAGAGCUAAUAACUGGUCUCCGCGUAUCCUGUAUGUGAGUCUGUUAGUGGCUGUUAGCGUAUACCUCAGUAUUUACUCUUCAUCUGCCUUUUCGGGAUGGAUCUCGCCUGCCACCAAUGCCACCACCAAAC